GGCAAUUAAUCAGUCAAACGCUGAUGAAAGGGUGUGAAUGAAUCAACAUAUCACCCAGUUCAAACGGUGGCAGCCUUAAAUCGUCUACUUCCACAGAUAUAUCAUGUGGGGGAGGGAUUUGAAUGAGGGGGGAGGGAUUUGAAUACGUGGAUAAUAACAGCAGCAUUCACGUGGACUGGCAUCUGAAAUCCAGCAAUUUUAUCAAAGAAGCACAAAAACAAAAACCCUUUGAUGCCAAUAGAGUUGCCGAUAUUGAUAAUGAUCAUGAUGAAUUGGUCGACAAGAAUGUGCAACACAAUCAUAGUUGUGUUGAAGUUGAGAGCAAUUAUAUGAAAGAAAAAAUGAAAAAAAAGACCUUGUUAAUAGAGCUCUCUGCAAAGCUACACAACUUUAGGACAAUGUUGACAUUGAUUAUGCCAAAUUUGAGGAGUAUGUGCAUGAUAUUCAUAGGAGUAGCAGUGCUGAACUUGAGGUGAGUGUUAUGAAACUUUACUUUUCCUUAAUUUUGAAACCCUUCAUGUAUUAAUGAGUGUUAUAUCCCAAACAGUGAACAAGCUUAUAGAAUAGUGAAUAGACAACGUACUAAAAUAUUGAAUGUAACCCGUAGAACAAUCAGCAAUGUGUUUUGAUGUUGUUAUUCCACCAUCUGUUGUUGUUACUGUAAUGGCCUCCUCUAAACUACAGUAACUAGUCAGAGUUAGUUUGCAUAGGUCAUUUUAAUAGCUUCAUAGCCUCAUGGACUGUUGUUACAAGUAUCUUCUUUAAGUCUCUUCAAUCUCUUCUUUUCUCUUUUUUAUAUAGAUGUUACCAUCUGUUGUCCAAGUAUUUUGUCUUGAUCUAUUUGUAUAUAAAGCUGCUCCAUACUUAGUCACAAUUUGCUAUUGGCUGUCA